UCAGCUGAGUAGUCCAGUGAAUACAGAGAAGUGGGCAUGCAAAGUUUUGGUUUUUCCCUGAGAAGUACUGCUGAGUUGUGUCCAGUAAUUCACAUCAAUUUCUCGGAAUCAUGCAUGAGUUGUCUCUUCUGGGUUUAUACAGAGGACGUGCAGACUGCGUUCAGCCGUCAUAAUUAUAUACCACGGUGUCAGACAGUGUAUCACAUUAUUUCUUCGAGACUCUGUCAACUAACACGAGCUUCACGGUGGCACAGGCAGCUGGUAAUUGGCGUAGCAAGAACUGAGAGUCUUCACAUUAUUUUGGAACCUGACCUGGACACAAAAUAUCAGAUUUUACAAUGCCAUAUUAUCAUCUUAUUACCACGGCCAUUCUUAUCACUGGUCUUGCUGGCAUCACAUCGGGAACUGCUACGUGGUCUACAGAAGGCGUGUCAAAUGUCUCACUGUCGCCCGACGACCAAACGACGCCCUUUGAGGGAGGUCUCCAAUGCGUCUACUACAAUCACACAUUCUGCAACUUGACAAGGCGCAGCUACCACUGCACUGAAAGCGUUGAGUUUUGUCCCAGCGAUGGAGGCCCUCCUCACUGUUACGCGUCUUGGACGACGACACAGUCUGGUGACGAGAUAAUGAUGAAAGGGUGUCAUACAGACGGUUGGGACGAAUUUUGCAUGUCAGCAGAGAAUGGUAGAUGUAUCCCACAACAAGAUGGCGAAAGAAAAUUCUGCUGCUGCUCAGGGGCAAACUUCUGCAAUAACGUGACGGCCAACGCAACUAUAAAAGUUACUGUAGGGAAUGGAUCUGCCGAUGUUUGCAAAGAGCAACAUUCGUGCCAGGCGAUAGGAUGCGGGCCUGCUAUGAACGCAGCUUGCAAAUGUGAUAGUCUGUGCCCUUUCUUCAACGACUGUUGCUAUGACUAUGAGGAGAUUUGCAGUGAUGAGGAUGAAGUUAGCAGCUUCGGGCUGAGAGAGGGCGGUAACUACACAUGCGUUGGUAAUUCCCUCAUGCAACAGGGAUACUGGCUAGUCACAUCUUGUCCUGGGUCAUUUCAAAAUGAAGAAGUACUCAACAAAUGUCAGAUAUCAGACCCUGACAGUGUCCUGGCACAUGUACCAGUUAGUGACAACAUGGGAAUUCCUUACCGUAACGUUCACUGUGCAGUUUGUAACGGUAUUGAUGCCACCGCGGUAAAAGCUUGGGAGGUUCAAGCGAUGUGCAAUCCAAGCAGCAUUCAACACGUCAUACGGAAUGAAACUACUUCUCCUGAAGAGAAACUUGCAAUGAUAGCUCAAAAAUGUCCUUUAAAGAUAGAUUCCCAAAGCUUUCCAAUUCAAAUCCCCAAACCAAGAUCUUGUUUUUCAGAUCUUAUAGGAAUGUGUACUUCAACUGACCUUCAGCGGAUAUUUGGAGCUGGUUGUAGUUCAUACACAGCCGUAGUCAAUGUUGGGAACACUUCUUACAAAAAUCCACAUUGCUUUCUUUGUAACCAUGACUUGUCCAGAGCACCUGAAAUUAACUGCAGACGUGAACAAGAAAUUCCACAUUACGAAAAACAGAAUGGACCUUCGGUCUAUGGAGGGGGGCCGGAAAGGAUUCUUCCAAUAGGUCCUCGUAUUGUUCCCAUAUCAGUCUUGAUGGACUUUGGAUCAGAUAAACUGAGACUAAUGCGGAAAGAAACGGUGCUCCAAGAGGAGACGAUGACAUGUCCCGAGGGCCAAGUCUACAACCCCACUCUAGCAUUAUGCCAGCAUCUGGUUUGUCCAGAUGGAUACAGGCUUGUGAACAGAAGGUGUAAGAAAGAUGCUGAAACUAUUCCAUCCGAGUCUGACCUGAAAUGUGCUGAAGCUACCGAUUUCCAAUUGAUAUUUCAAAUGGAAAUGAAUGACUACCAAGCUGUCGACUGUAGCAGUAAAGCAAAGAUGGUUGAGCUUGUCCAGUGCGUGCAGAACACAACACAAGAAGCAGUUAAGGGAGAAUGGAGCAGAUUGAACAAAUCAGAUUACGUGCGAUGCUUAGACGAGAACACUGAAAAAACCUUCAAAUUACUUGAAGCUGUAUUCUGCAUUAAGAAUGAUUUCCAUAAACAUUUUUUGCUCCUUCAUUCUUUGGACAGUCGAACACUAAACGACAUGAUAAGAACUUGUUCUCUAAAUAUACUCCAGGUAGCACAGCAUGCUAAAUAUAACUGCAGUGGACAAACCACGCAAAGAAAGAGUUUCUUGGUGAACACCAGGAAUUAUUCAUCUCCCCUACAAGAUCAUAACUUAAGCAACCAGCAUAUUGACGAAUAUAAAUUUGGAUCAGGCAUAAUCACCGAGUACAAGUUAAAUAAAUCAUCUGGCACAGUUCACAAGAUGACAACUCUCGAGUACUGCUCCGAGAAUGCGAGUGUUUCCUGGACUUGUCCUUUGGUAGCUCUCAGUCGCUCUUUAUUUAAACAGGUGGACAAUGUCAGUGAAACACUCCAAUAUUUGCCAACAGGUGACGUCUACGAAAAGGCGGAUUACAUGUACCAAAAAGAUGGCACUGUCCUGGUCUGCUUAACCCUGGAUUACACAUACACCCAACUCAGCAAUGUAACCUUUUUCCUCUAUUCAAACACGCAGGUCAUUUUGAGCACCGCUGGUACUUCGUUGUCGGUCGUUGCAUGUGCAGUAACACUUCUGACAUACACUGUUUUUCCUGUCCUUCGUAAACGGUCAGGUAGCAAGUCGAUUAUGAACCUGAUAGUAGCACUGUUGAUUGCCCAGCUUCUUCUACUGGUGAAUGGUCAAGCCACCAACAUCCCUUGGUUGUGUGCAGUUGUUUCGGCUACGGCCCAUUAUUUCUGGUUGGCCGCCUUCUGUUGGAUGAACGUGUUAUCAUUGGAUUUGUGCUACACGUUUGGAAGUAUUGCUAAACUACAGCGGUCUGUCAGUGAUAAAACAAUCUUCCUCCUGUACAUGAUGUAUGCAUGGGGAUUGCCAAUAAUUGUGAUAGUUCCUUGCAUCGCUGUUCACAUCUGCGAGUGCACUAGCCUUCAGUAUGGCAAUGAGUACGUGUGCUGGAUUGUUGAUAGUGCGACUGUACAGGAGGGAAGUGGUUACAGCAACCUGCUGGCAUUCGGUCUUCCCAUUGCAUUGCUGAUACUGAUUAACAUUGUACUGUACGGUUUGACUGUGGCUGGAAUCAGACAGACCAAAAGCACUACAGCAAGAAUGCAGAUGACAGUGAGUGAGGCAUCCAAGACAAAACGCACGUUGAAAGAGCUGUUCAUAUACAUCAAGAUUGGCAGCUUGAUGGGGUUUUCCUGGGCCUUUUCCUUUGCGGCAGCAUUCAGUCAUACAGAGUCUCUGUGGUACGUUGCUAUUGUUCUUAACUCAUUACAAGGAGUCUUCAUCUUCAUGUCAUUCACGAUGAACUCGCGGGUCUGGAACCUGUGGAGGAGAAACCUGGUUGGGGAGAAGAGGCAAAAGAGUGGAAUCACUAAAAAGAAGGAGAUGCAGAGUAGUGAUGCUGCCGUAACUCAGUCCACAUCACUUCUUAAUGCCACCAAGGAAGAAGCGCAUCGUACAGUCAAACAGACAAAGAAACAUAUGCAAACUCCCAUGUAG